UUAUAGUUUACACCGAGCAACAUUUAGUGUCGUUAAGCCUAUACGAAAAAGGGUGAAAUGAGCGAGGAAGGAAGUCUAGAAUUAAAGUCAAUUAUUCUUGUCACUUCAGGAACACGGGGUGAUCGACUUCUAUUCAAAUAUCCAUGGGAACGCCACGAAGCAACUGAUGCGGGGAAAGCUACUGUUAAAAAUCCAUAUGCUGUGAAAAUAACAGAGGACAUAUCACGAAGAAAAGACCAUAUAACAACAAAACAAGGAUUACUUACUGGAUUAAAUGAUGAGACAUUAGCUUUACUUCUUGGUGUGAAGUCAUCAUUGUUAUGUGGAAAAGUGUUUGAUUUAAAGAUAGAAGAUGUUAGAUUCGUAGGAUUCCCUUUACUUCUGGAUGAUGUACCUGACAGUGGAAAAACUGGACAUCAAAUUCUCUCUUUCAACAUUGCCUUUGUUCUUGAGGCAAGUCAUGGACCAUGGAUUGUAUCAUGUUACCAAGAUCUAGCCAAACAGUUAAGUGUGGCAUUAAAGCAUGAAGAGAAGAGAUGUCAGUAUCUUUCAACACAGGCUAAGAUCAUGACAAAAGAACAUGAAGAAGUACCAUCACUCCCAGAAGAUAUGUUAACAUCACCAUAUGAGACUAUAAUACAGAAAAGUGAACUUGGCAGACAGUUGCAACAAAUAUAUGACAGCCUUAACUCACAUGGUUUGGCACACUUUUAUGUGAAUCACUGGAUUGAAAUCAACUUUUGUUUACCACAUAAACUUCACUAUCUUCAAACUGGAUACAAGUCUUCUAAGAAACAGCCAGAGUUCAUACAGAAAAGCCUCAAGUCCUUAAGACCAUACCAUGGUUUAUUACUACUACAAAGUGCAAUGUUUUACGGGAAGUCACCAAACCGGGUAGACGGGUACCCAGCAUUAAGUGACUUAUUAAAAGGUUGCAAACCCGUUUCCGGGGAGUCAGAGUUUAAAAGAAUAAUUGUUGUACUGUUAAGGGUUUACAUUCGAAGGCCUCUUACAUGUAGUAUAGUGAUGUUUUAUCUGUGUGUAGUUUAUAUAUUUCAGGUAUUUCAGUUGGUAUGUCAUCUUGUGUACUGGGCUAAAGCUGUAAUAAUCUACCCAUUAUGUGAGACAAACAUAUAUGUCCUCUCACCAUCAGAAAAUGAUUUAAGGUCAUCUAAACUAGUAGAAGAUUUUACACAACAGUUUCCGGGUAAAUCGUUACCAGUUGAACUAGCCGAGUUCUCGUUUCCUACACAGUUACGACAGACACAGACAGCCAUCAACCAUCCUGGCAGUACAGUAAGAUAUCGCCAUUUUUUUAAUCAUUUACAUCAGUAUGUAUUUUUUGUGCCCCCUGUACGUCGAAGAAAACAUAAGAUCUCCGAUGAGACAGCAAAGGUACAGAUUGUUGCAGAUGAUUGGAGUAUUUUUGAUGGAGGUUUACAACGUUCACCUAGCUUCUCAGAUGCUGCUUCAGUAACGAGUGAUGAGAGUAUAACACUAAGUACACCAGGUAUGCUCAUUGCUCAACUGUCCAAGAGUCCAUCAUCAGAGUUUACAGCAGAAAGCUCGUUACAAUCUGAGGAGAAUAAAAUGUACUGGAUGAUGCAGGAAUCUGUGUUUGUGAAACUCACUGCAGAAGAGAAGGAGUGUAUACUGAAUGUUCCAGCUGCCAAAAAUCUUGAUGAUCUUAGAAUGUUUGCUAGAUUGUUUCCUUAUUUUGGAGGAACAAAUCAUAUAGAAGAAAUAAUGUACUUUGAAAACUUGAGGCGUUCUCAGCUUAUUACACUGAUAGAGAAAUUUAAGGAUGUUCUUAUACUCUGUACGUAUCAAGAUCCUGCUGCAUGACCCAAUACAAAAUAACAGAGUUAGGCACAACAACACAGAAAGCAAGGAUGUUAUAUAUAAACUUGAAACUGUUAUUUUACUUUAUCUGAGACUGCAUAUUUUCCAAUUAUAUGCCUCUCAGAUCAUGUUAACAGGUGGAGAAUUUCUGUAAAACAAGAUUGAUGUCGAGAAAUAUUCUGUAAUGAAACCUGAUUUUACCAUGAAACAAUAAACCGGAAUUGUCAUAUAACCAGGAUUUCGUGACUGAUGGGUUGGAGUUCAUUGAGUAAUUCGGAGACACUUUACACAAAAGAGUAAUCCUUAAUUACUUACAUAUGAAAAAAAAUAAAAUAAUGCUUGAAUUCCAAAA